AUGCUGAGGGGUGCAGCUCUUACCUGGUGGAACGUUUUCAUCUCAACCAUCGAGGUUACGGAACUGACCAAGAUGAGUUGGACCACAUUCAAAGAAAAAGUAAUGGAAGAAUAUUGCAAUGAACAAGAAAUGGACCACAUCGAAGAAGAGUUCAGAACCCUUAAGAAAGAAAAUUUGUCAGUAAGGGACUACACCCUACUCUUCAUGGAAACGCUAAAUUUAGUGGGAUAUGUGGCCCCAACGGAGAAGGAUAGGAUGAAAGCCUACCUAAAAGGGCUGCCUGUGGACAUGAUGGUGAUGGUUAGGAACUUCAGAGCUUCUACCCUCACGGAGGCAAUCGAAGAGGCCAAAGUCUUGGAAUCGGUUUAUGUUAAAGAAAAAGAAGAAAGGAUGUCGAGUGGAGAGAAGAGGAAGUGGGAAGGGCCUUACGCACCAUCCAAAAGGCCAAACCACUUUGGUAGCAACAAUCACGGAGCCCAUCCCAAAAAAGAGGCUAGAUGGUGUCCCAAGUGCCGCAGUAAACAUCACGGCCCGUGCAUCACUAACCCUACUCCCGUAAAAUGCUUUAAGUGCGGGAAGUCAAGUCACACACGAAAUGAGUAUCCAAUUAGGGGACCCAUCUGUUUCGGCUGCGGAGAGCCAGGUCACUUCAAGAAUGAUUGCCAUAAGUUGAAAGCGGAAGGGAGUCAAGGAAGGAAAGAGAGCACCCCAAAAGUCACCGGACGAGCAUUUUAG